UGCGGUCACUCCCACGUGGUUCGGAUACUUCUAGAAGUGCGCACUGUAACCGGUGUCUUACUGCACUGUCGCUGCGUCACCGUCACAUCUGUACUGCAACAUGCUGAGCGCAAGUAGAACCGUCAGCCGCCUCUUGUCCUGUGUGCCGCGGAGCGAAGCCCGCAAGGGUUGCUUCAAUGGCCUCAGUGAAGAGUUCCUCAGAGCAGCAUCUAAGAGGAACUAUGCCUCUGAGGCAAUUAAAGGAUCCGUUAUUGGAAUAGAUCUGGGAACGACAAAUUCCUGUGUCGCUGUGAUGGAAGGCAAGCAAGCAAAGGUUCUGGAAAAUGCAGAGGGUGCCAGGACCACACCGUCUGUGGUUGCUUUUUCCGCAGAUGGGGAGCGCUUGGUUGGAAUGCCAGCAAAACGCCAGUCAGUCACAAAUCCCAACAACACCUUAUAUGCCACAAAACGUCUCAUCGGCCGUCGUUUUGAUGAUGCUGAAGUCCAAAAAGAUAUCAAAAAUGUUCCAUUCAAGAUUGUCCGGGCAUCAAAUGGUGAUGCCUGGGUUGAAGCACAUGGAAAGCUCUACUCUCCCAGUCAGAUUGGUGCAUUCGUACUUGUGAAAAUGAAAGAGACAGCAGAAAGCUAUCUGGGCCAUACGGCAAAGAAUGCAGUUAUUACUGUUCCUGCAUAUUUUAAUGACUCCCAGAGGCAGGCUACAAAAGAUGCUGGGCAGAUCGCUGGCCUCAAUGUUUUGAGGGUCAUUAAUGAACCAACCGCUGCUGCUCUUGCCUAUGGCUUGGAUAAGUCUGAUGAUAAAGUUAUUGCAGUCUAUGAUCUUGGAGGUGGUACCUUUGAUAUUUCUAUCCUGGAGAUUCAGAAAGGCGUGUUUGAAGUGAAAUCCACCAAUGGCGACACUUUUCUUGGAGGAGAAGAUUUUGACCAAGCUUUAUUGCAACAUAUUGUAAAGCAGUUCAAGAGAGAGACUGGAGUAGAUUUAUUGAAAGACAACAUGGCACUUCAGAGAGUCAGAGAAGCUGCUGAAAAAGCAAAAUGUGAGCUGUCCUCCUCUGUGCAGACUGAUAUAAAUCUGCCUUACCUUACCAUGGAUGCUUCUGGGCCCAAGCACUUGAAUAUAAAAUUGACUCGUUCUCAGUUUGAGGGUAUUGUUGCUGAUCUCAUUAAAAGAACUAUUUCACCAAGCCAGAAAGCUAUGCAAGAUGCUGAAGUUAGCAAGAGUGACAUUGGAGAAGUGCUCUUAGUUGGUGGAAUGACCAGGAUGCCAAAGGUUCAGCAGACUGUACAAGACCUGUUUGGCCGUGCUCCAAGCAAGGCGGUUAAUCCCGAUGAAGCCGUUGCCAUUGGUGCUGCUAUUCAGGGUGGAGUGUUGGCUGGAGAUGUUACAGAUGUUCUUUUGUUGGAUGUCACUCCUCUGUCUCUUGGAAUUGAAACCUUAGGUGGAGUCUUCACAAAGUUAAUCGGCAGAAACACUACUAUACCUACCAAGAAGAGCCAGGUUUUCUCCACUGCUGCUGAUGGCCAGACUCAGGUGGAAAUUAAAGUCUGCCAAGGGGAAAGAGAAAUGGCUGCUGACAACAAAAUACUUGGACAGUUCACACUAGUAGGAAUUCCUCCAGCCCCUCGUGGUGUUCCUCAAAUAGAAGUUACUUUUGACAUAGAUGCCAAUGGAAUUGUGCACGUAUCCGCAAAAGACAAAGGAACUGGCCGCGAGCAGCAGAUUAUCAUCCAGUCUUCUGGUGGACUUAGCAAGGAUGAUAUUGAAAAUAUGGUGAAAAAUGCCGAAAAGUACGCAGAGGAGGAUAGAAGACGAAAGGAACGUGUUGAAGCAGUGAACAAUGCAGAAGGCAUUAUCCAUGAUACAGAGUCUAAGAUGGAGGAAUUCAAAAGCCAGCUCCCAGAAGAUGAGUGCAACAAGCUUAGGGAGGAGAUAAGCAAAGUGAAAGAACUAUUGGCAAAAAAAGAUACAGAAACUGGUGAAAACAUCAAACAAGCAGCAUCCUCACUUCAACAAGCCUCUCUAAAGUUAUUUGAACUUGCGUACAAAAAGAUGGCAUCAGAGAGGGAGAGUUCUGGAACUAGUGAGCAAAAAGAGGAGCAGAAAGAAGACAAGCAGUAAAGGAAUAGUACAAGUUGAAUAGUAGCUUGGGAGCCAAUUUCCACAGGGAUGUCCUGAGCAGAUAUGUUCAAAUGAUAAAUGUUCUACUGUGUUUUGGCAGUACUCUUUAUAUAAUUUCUUUACCGUCUUGAUUUGUAUGUCCAGUUUUUUUUUUUUCUUAGUUUUUUCUUUUUCUUCCCCCAGUCCCCAUCCAUUCCCUGUUUUUGCUUUUUCCAUGCAUAUUUGGCCUAUGUAGACCUUUUUUUAUUAUAUUUCCUUCCUGUAUACUGGCUCAACAAUCCUGUUUUAUACUGUAUAAAAGUUUGGAAGUCUGUUGUACGUUUUCACAUUAAUGCCUCAUAUUUGAGGCAGUAUUGUGCAAGUCAAACUUUAAGUUAUGCUUAAUCAUAAUACAAAUAAACUACUGGCUUAACCGUG